UUCUGCUGCCGCUGUCUGUUGUCUGUUUCUGCCUGCGUUCAGUUUAAUAAUAAGAAUUUUUUGAGCAGCGCCCAAGUUCUCUUAGGCAUUCGAAAAGACUGCUUUCCGAAAUAGAAGUCACCAGCACACGUAGAACAGUCGCGCAUUGAUUACUGAUCGAAAGUCUUUAAAAUUCCGUGUAAUUGCGCAAAGCUAAAUUGUCUGCGAGCUGACUUCGUGCAGUCAGCAUUUCGAACCGCCGCGUUUCCGACCAAACGAACAACAACGGAUACGGACGACAACAAAUUAAAAGAAAGCUAUAAAAACAAAAACUAAAGCAUAUCCUUGUGACAAAAGAGCAGUGAUGAAUUGAAACAAAAAACAUACAAAUCCAAAAAAAUAACAUUGUGCAACCUAACAUACACGUCUCAAUAGUUUCGUGAGAACAAAGCAAUCAUUCGCAGAAAGUGUCCGUUCUUCGAAUCGAUCAUUGCGUACAUUCUGAGCAAUAUUCACCAAUCAACAAAAAGGAUAACCAACAAAAUAUAACAAGAUGGCGCCCAAUAUAAUAGGUAGUACCUUUAUUUUGGCUGAGACGGCUAUAACCAACACAGACUCCAACAAUAACAAAGCCAUAAAUGCCGCAGCGUCUGCAACCACAAAGACGACCAACGCAAUUGUUAAGCCUACUAACAGCACAAAUCAGGAUGCGGAACAUAAAAAGCCCUACCAAGUGGAAAUUGUUUGGCACAAUAUUUUGUUGUUCAUAAUACUGCACAGUUCCGCCUUAUAUGGUCUUUAUCUGGUAUUCGCCGAAAAUGCGUAUGUGGAAUUUGCGCUCUCCUAUAUAUGCCUAUUUCUAGGAGGCAUGGGUAUUACAGCAGGAGUCCAUCGCUUAUGGUCUCAUCGCGCAUAUAAAGCCAAGCUACCAUUACGGAUAUUCCUGAUGCUUUGCCAAUCGUUGGCCUUCCAAAACUGUAUAUAUGAAUGGACUAGAGAUCAUCGGGUCCACCAUAAAUUCACCGACACCGAUGCAGAUCCCCAUAAUUCCAGAAGAGGAUUCUUCUUUGCCCACAUGGGUUGGUUGUUGUGCAAGAAACAUCCAGAUGUCAAAGAGAAGGGGAAGCAAAUAGACAUGAGCGAUCUAAAAGCGGAUCCAGUAGUAAUGUUUCAGAAAAAAUACUAUUUCAUUAUUAUGCCUGUCUGUUGUUUCGUUUUGCCGGCUCUCUUUCCGUAUUAUUAUUUGGGAUCCUCUUUGAAGGUGUGCUUCUUUGUCGGAUCCAUGCUACGGUACUGCAUAUCUUUACAUGGUACUUGGUUGGUUAAUAGCGCUGCUCAUUUCUAUGGAAUGAAGCCUUACGACAAGAACAUUAGUUCGGUCAAUAACAAAGUUGUGUCCAGCAUCACUUUUGGCGAAGGCUGGCACAAUUACCAUCAUGUUUUCCCAUGGGACUACAAAGCAGCUGAGUUGGGAAAUUACUACAAUAUGACGACAGCUUUCUUAAAUAUAAUGGCUAGAAUCGGGCAAGCAUACGAUUUGAAGACUGUUUCUGAUGAAAUGAUUCUAAAGCGGAUCCAGCGUACCGGAGAUGGAACACAUCCUUCAUGCACAGAUAUGAACAAUAACCAGCUUUCUGGGAAAGGCAUUACGGCCGAAAUGUUGGCUAAGCUCGAUCACGAAAAUGAGGAAACAAUGAUCUGGGGCUGGGAAGAUAAGGAUGUGAGCGAGGAGGACCGCAAGUGUGCUAAAAUUAUUGAUAAAAAAGAUGACUAAUUCUCCGUGAGAGUGAAAGGAAGACAGUAUACCAUAAAUAUCAAAUGCUCUCAUCGAAGGCUUGAUUGUCUCUCUUUAGAUCAUCUGUAAGGUUCAGGAGUACAUAUUUAAAUUAAAUUUUAUUUAAAUUGGUGUCUGUUACUUUCGUACAUCCUAGCCAACCUUAUAAGCUCCCGGGAACACAUAUUCUAUUUUGUACCUUAUUACAAAUCCGACUACCGUACUGUGACAUAUGCACACUGCCAUCUUCAGAACAUUUCAGUUAUGGUGUGUUACCCAUAGACACGUCUGCAAAGAGGUUUUCCCUAGUUUUAGGUAUUCCUAGCUUUAAUUCAUAGUUCCAUAAGUUCCACAUUGUUUUGUGGCCAUCUCAUCAGCACUGGCUCCAACCAUGUGCUUGUGGUUUGCUACUCGCCUUGCCUUCUUUCGGUUUCUGCUUCAAAUAAAAAUUGAGCAAAGAUGCGAAUAAAGCUAAAGGCACCCAUGAAUCCCUUGUUAAGCGCGUUAAGUAUGUCUUGUUUAUAGUCUUAAGUUAUGCAUUAAUGUCAUUUGUACAUUUCAAUUUACAUAAUAACCAAAAAUUCGAAUAUACGCAUAAUUUUAAUGAGAAAAUAUAGAAAAAAUUAAAAAAAAAUAAAUAAAAAUUCAGUUUUCAUUUUUCACGUGAUCUUUAGUACAGCGAAAAAUGAACAAUAACUGAACAAAAUAUUAAAAAUUAAA